CUGAGCAACUGGUCAAUUCCUUUGAUUUGGAUGUGGGCUCUGGGGAUUCGAGUGAAUUACUUGAGAUCAAAGUUGAGUACCAACGGAAGCCUAAGCAAUUUCUUCGAUGUAAGAUCUUUGGACAUAAAAAUUCCUCCUGUUCUAGACAAACUCAGUCCAGCAGUGAGAAGCAACAUACAAAAUUUAUAAACAAAGGGAAAACCAUUUCUUCAGUGGUAAUUGUUGAUCCGCCUAUGACUGUGAGCGAGCCUCGGGUUGAAUGUUCUAUUAAUAUUCCAGAAUCUAGCGUUGUGGACCUUAUGCAUUCAGAGGAACCUCCUCAAAAGGAGAAUGUGGUAACUUCUAUCUUUGUUAUUGAUAAUUCUCCUAAUAUGUGCCCUGCCCCCAUUUCCCCAAACAAAUUUGGUUGUCUAGAUCUGCAAGGAGGUCAACUUGUGGUGGACCUCUCCCCUAAAGGAGGUUAUAUGACUCAAAGUGGAGGCAUACCCUGCAAGGACAAGAGUUCCAUAUAUCAAAAUGGAACAGUAGAACCAUGUUAUUUCAGCUCAUCAAUCUACUAUGGAGGGCAAGAAGUUUAUUCUUCAAAUAGCCAGACCGCUACUUCUCAGCACAUUUUCAAGAAAGAUGGUGGAGUUGAUGAUCAGAAUGGAAACAACAUAAAUAGUGCUUUAAGAGGAAAUUGGUGGCCGGGUAUGAUGGAAACACCCACUAUGACACAGUUAUGGCAUAGUGUCCAGCCUGCAGAUCUGGACACUAUUGAUGGCUCACCUGGUCAAGAAUUUUCUCUUGAAACUAAGCAUGAAAAACUCCUACUUGGGAAACUUGCAUUGGUUGACUUACAGGGCCUUAACGAUCAAGAGAAGGCCUUUCUAGAACAUGGAAUACCAGAUAGCCCUGAGUUGGUGGCAUUGAUGCAAAAGAAUCAAUUCAAGAGGUAUAUUGAAUGGAGCAGGGUGAUGUUGUGCAUUGGAGAUGCUUGCUGCCUGUGCAUUUUGAAGGCUACCAAGUGUUUGCCAAAAUCUUUCUGGUUCAAAGGUACUGAACAGCAUGCUCAGUAA